UUUUUAUUGUUUAAUAUUUGUACUAUUUUAUUAUUUCCCUUCUAGUGAUUUUACCGAAAGAACCAAGAAUAUAUAUUGGAUUGUUUUGCAAUCGCCACCAGAAGAUCAAUAAAAAAAAAUUCCGGAAGAUUCCCGUAAAAUCCGGAAUGGUUGGCAACUCGGGUUCCAUUAUUAACAAAACCGGGUCACGUGGUCUCAACAGUCAACCCGGGUCCGUUACCAAACUGGUCGCCGCUCUCAAUGCAAAGCAAUUCCCUCCGCCCAACACACGCAAAGCAAGGAGAUGCGCGUUAAAUUAAUUAAAAAUAAAUUAGAUGAAAUGACAAGUGACACAUUAUAUGUGAAAUUAAAUACAGGCGAGGGAAAUACAAUUUGAUUUGGAGUUUUCGUUAAUGCAGGACUUACUCUUUGGUUCUUUCGGUAAAGUCACGUAGAAAGAGAAAAAAAUAAUAAUAUGUAUUUAAUAUUAAUUACAUAUUUAAUAAUAUAUAUUUAAUAUUUAAUUUAUAUUUAAUUCAUAUUAAAUAAUACGAUUCAAUAUUAGUUAAAAAUUAAAUAAUAUGUAUUCUUGGUUUUUUCGGUAAAGUCACGUAGAAGGGAAAUAAUUGUAUUUUUAUUAUUGUAUUAAUUACCUUCUACGUGACUUUACCGAAAGAACCAAGAACAUGAAUCAUUGCAGUCACGAACGCUUUAAAUAGAAAAAUAAUAUGUAUUUAAUAUUUAAUUAAUAUUAAAACAAUAUUUUUUAUGACAUAAAUGUAUUUAUUUAAUAUUUUAUUAAUAUUAAAUUAAUUUUCUUUAAUUUACUUAUUUUCUACGUGACUUUACCGAAAGAACCAAAGAGUAAAUACAAUUAUUAUAAACUGUUCCAAAGUCUGGAUUUCCUUCAGUCCCCCCUCCCGCUCUCAACUGCCGCCUGGCUCCGCCCACUCGCUUGGCUCCGCCCACUCGCCUGGCUCCGCCCACUCGCCUGGCUCCGCCCACCGUCAAUAAGUUGUCAUAGACCUGUAGUGACGUCACACACCUCGAGGCCGUGACGUCUGGUCGACGCUCCACGUUUAAAGCUCCUGACAAACAACGCUAAGUUCUAGCUCCAGGAUAUCCACUUACUACAACUGCUUCGCCAUGGAGUUCAAGUUCUUCAAACUGCUGCUGCUGCUUCUUGCGGGGUUCCAGCUUUCGGCUGCAAAGCCCGUAAAGUCCAAAAACAGCAUCAGUGCGCCCGAGGGAGUGGAGCCGGCGAUGGGAAUGUCCGGCUGGAUCCAGCGGAUGCGCGGCGCGAAAACGACGACAACUCCCCCUCCGACCAGCACGACUGCCAUCCCUAAAGCACCCGACGUAGCCCGCAAAUCUUCAGUCUACAAGAUUGUGAUGUUGUCCGUCCUGAGUUCCAUUGGGCUGAUCGCCCUGUGUGCUGGUGCAAGGCUUCUAUACUGGCGUUACAUGAGCCUUCCUCCAGCACAGCCUGCAGAUGACGGUGGCGAGGCCAAUGUCAUGAACGGUGACGAAGAAGACGCGCCACCGUCACUCGGGAGCGACAUCUCACGAGCCCUCAGGGCAAUUUACCAAUACGUAAUGCCGCAGCCAAGGCCCGUGGAUGAAGAAGGAGAAGAAGGAGGAGAAGGAGGAGGAGAAGAACACGUUGCACCAGGCGGGUGGUUCAUGGAGACGCUCACUACCUUGAUGCAAAGCCUGAAGCCUGAGCCAGGGUCCAGCGGCGGCACAGAUGGCGGUGGUGAUGACGACAACAAGACGCACCAUAAGGAGAAGAACGUGAAGUCAGGCAAAAAGAAAGAAAAGUUCAAGAAAUUCCUGGGAAAUAAGAGAGCGCAAGCAAAGAAACUGCACAGCAAAUUCAAGGCGACUUUCAAGAAAAAAAUGCCAAAAUUUAGAUUUAGAAAGAAGCGUAAAUAGUCGUGAACAGCAACCCCCUUCCCCGACAACCCCUCCCUGCUCCCUUAUUCAACCCUUCACAAAGUUAAUGAUCCCUCGUUUAGCCAAAACAGAUUGUUGGGGCAAGGUUUCAGACGCGAUUCCUUGUUAAACGUUUCAGUUUGGUGUUCUAACAUCCUAACACCUGUUUUGUUGCCAGUGAAAAGGGGAAAACAUAUUCUCAUACCUCAACCCACAUACAGACGCAUAACACAAAGAUCCCCUGUAUAGCUUUAACAGACUGUUUGGGCAAGUGCUGUUAGCGCCGGUCUCCGACCACCUCUCCUGCUUGUCCCGCGCCCACUGGGCGUUUCUACUUGGUGGCCCACCGGGCAUCGCUGGCACCGUGCGACUUCCGCGCCAUCCGGCGAAACCGGUGGGCCGCUCCGUUACAAGCGUCUGGUGGCUCCUUUUCCGGGCCACGUGGCUGGACAUCGGUGCUUUGUGCGGUCCCAAGGACGGGAGGUCGAGCUCCUGCCGGGGGAGUCCUCACCAUGUCAGCAUGCCAGGCACGGAGGGAAGCUUCGCGUUCGUGGCAAACGAGCCGGACCGAGGCUGCGGGUUCUUGUCGUGGGCCCGGCCGCUGCACUGCAUGGACAUUGUCGGUGGUGCGGGGGACUCCAUCGCCAUGGCCCCCUCUUCCCACGUGGCUCCAGUCCCUCGCCGCCCCCUUUGUCUUUCCAAUGCAAUGUUGGCUGACGACCUUUGAACCCCACAGCUUUCUGUCACCACCUAUGAGCAGGCCUAUCCCAACCCCUCUUUAUCAAUAAAUCUUGC